AUGCAGAACGACUCAGGAGAAUUUGUUGGUCUCUAUGUUCCAUGCAAAUGCUCUGCUAGCAACAGAAUUAUUGGUGCCAAGCACCAUGCCUUCAUUCAAAUCAACCAUUCUGACGUUGAUAAAAUAACUGGGAGAUUCAAUGGACAGCACAGAACCAAUGCCAUCUGUGGAGCUAUUCGUGGAAUGGGUGAAUCAGAUGAUUGUAUCCUGAGGCUAGCAGAGAACGACGGGAUUGUGGCCAAGGCCGUCUAACAAGCAGAAGACUUGCGUUUGGGAAGGCUGAUAUUUGUCUAGAAAUAAAAAUAA